UUAAAUGAAAAAGCACCAUGAUAUAAAUACAAUGGGUGAUAACAACUAAUCAUACAGUUUUAGUACAGCUGCAGUUACACCAACACCUCCACCAUGAACUCCUUGGUCGUUAUCUUCCUCGUCGCCACCGUCGCCUGCGCCCAAGCCUCAGUCUGGGGCUGGGGUGGCGCCACUCUAGUAGGACCAGCCAAUCCCGGAGCCCUCGUGGCAGGACCCUCCGCGCAAGCCGCCCUCGCCGGCCCUGACGGCAGCCUCAUCUCAGCCGCCGCCCAAGGAGGUGCCAUCGCGGCCGCCCCCAUCGCUGGUGGAGCUGUUAGUGCCGCCGUAGCGCCUGGAGCUGUUAUCGGAGGAGGAUGGUUAGGACACGGAGUAUGGGGCAGAGGAUUAUUCCUCUGCGUUGUUUUGGCUACGGUUCAGGCCGGUCACCUAGGUGUUGGACUGAUAGGUCCCUCAGAACACGGUACUGUCAUUCAAGGACCUGGAGCCAAAGCAUCUUUAGUCGGCCCUGAUGGUAGUCACAUAUCAGCAGCUGUAGGUGGUGGGACUGUAGUUGCACCCCCCAAAGCAGGCGGUGUUGUCUCGGCAGCCGUAGCACCAGGAUACGUUGCUGCAGCGGUUCCUGCACCUGUAACUUUCCAUUCAGGAAUUGGUAUCGCUGGUUUAGGCCUUGUUGGAGCACCGGCCUACGGAGUAGGCCUUGGGUCGGGUCAUGAGGGCCAGUACGUGCCUGAUUACAACGAGCAGUUGUACGACGACGGAUCGUACAAAGGGGAUUAUUACGGGGGUCAUUAUUAAUGCUAACUGAUGCAUUUGUUUUUUUUUACAUAGUAAUAAUAUAUUGUAUUUAAAGAAGAUAUUUUCAAUAAACGUAUAAACCUAA